UACAAGCACUAUAUUUAUAAUAACUCCUUAAUAUCGCUUGUAAAAAAUUACCCACUUUUUAACAUGAUUUCAUUUAAAUAAAGAUAUUUUUAAUAGUUUAUAAAUCUGAUUGCUGCAAAGAAAUCUUACUCAUUAGUUAUGCGCAGCGAUCAAUUAUAGAUUCAUAAUAAUGAUAGAAAAGUCGAUACCUACCACGUGUGAGUGCUCAAAAUAGCUUUUACUCGCGAAUCAUUCGCACUUCAUUGUUUUGCAAUUUACGAAAAUGAGAGAAAUUGUGCAUUUACAAGCUGGACAGUGCGGCAACCAAAUAGGUUCAAAGUUCUGGGAAAUAAUAUCGGAUGAACAUGGCAUUGAUGCUACUGGGAGAUAUCAUGGAGACAGUGACCUGCAGCUGGAGAGGAUCCAGGUGUAUUACAAUGAAGCGGAUAAUGGCAGUCGCUACGUCCCUCGAGCCGUAUUGGUAGACUUGGAGCCUGGCACCAUGGACGCUAUAAGGUCAUCCAGCUACGGGGCACUGUUCAGACCUGAUAACUUUGUGUUUGGACAAAGUGGAGCAGGCAACAACUGGGCCAAGGGACAUUACACAGAGGGUGCUGAACUGGUGGAAUCAGUGAUGGACGUCGUCAGGAAGGAGGCCGAGGGCUGCGACUGUCUGCAGGGUUUCCAACUCACCCAUUCCCUUGGGGGUGGAACUGGGUCUGGACUUGGUACUCUAUUACUUAGCAAACUGCGGGAGGAGUAUCCGGACAGGAUUGUUAACACAUUCAGCGUCAUGCCAUCACCAAAGGUUUCAGACACAGUAGUGGAGCCAUAUAAUGCUACGUUAUCCGUACAUCAAUUAGUAGAAAAUACAGACGAGACGUUUUGUAUAGACAACGAGGCUUUAUAUGACAUAUGCUUUAGAACUCUAAGGCUGUCUUCCCCGACGUAUGGUGAUCUUAACCAUUUGGUUUCCCUGACAAUGUCUGGAGUAACCACUUGCCUCCGGUUCCCCGGACAACUGAAUGCUGAUCUGCGGAAGCUUGCUGUCAAUAUGGUGCCAUUUCCUAGGCUGCAUUUCUUUAUGCCCGGCUUCGCUCCGUUGACAGCUCGGAACAGCCAGGGUUAUCGCGCUCUUACUGUGCCCGAGCUUACGCAACAGAUGUUUAGUCCCGUUAACAUGAUGGCGGCAUGUGAUCCUCGUCACGGUAGGUACUUGACGGUGGCUGCCAUCUUCCGAGGACGGAUGUCCAUGAAGGAAGUUGAUGAGCAGAUGCUGUCUGUUCAGGAUAAGAACUCGGGUUAUUUCGUCGAAUGGAUACCGAAUAACGUAAAAGUAGCCGUCUGUGACGUACCACCUCGGGGACUCAAAAUGGCGGCCACGUUCGUUGGUAACACCACCGCCAUACAGGAGAUAUUUAAACGAAUCUCUGAACAGUUCACUGUUAUGUUCAGACGUAAGGCCUUCCUCCAUUGGUACACGGGAGAGGGAAUGGAUGAAAUGGAGUUCACAGAGGCCGAAAGUAAUAUGAACGACCUCAUAUCUGAAUACCAGCAAUAUGAGGAGGUAGGAGUUGACGACGAAUUUGACGAACAGGAAGAGACGCAACCGGAAGAGGAAUAUACUGAGGAAGAAUAAAUUUCAGUGUUGAGAUUUAGCGUAAAUUGAUACGCACGUAUGUCAUAAUUCAGACUUUUGGCAUUUGAGUCAUUGCGCAAGUCUUAUCUGAAACCUUACUUUAACAGAAGCCCUUUGAAAUUCAACCCUCAUCUCGAAAUCAAUUAUUAAAUAAUAAAUUCACGUAGACUGAGUUCUAAUUAUACUAAAUACAUUACAUGACACUAGUUAAUUCAAGUAGUAUAUACUUUGUAUAAAAAUUUUGUCAUGUGUCCUGUUCAAUUAAACAUGUCAAAGAAAACUUACAAGAUAAGUUUUAACUAUAUUCGUUUCAUCGAUACAAGUUAAUAACGACAUUGUAGGGUCACGGAAUUCUUUCUUGUUCUCUUGUCAUUAGCGUAAAUUCGUUAAGUAUUAAAAUAAUUGUUAAAUGUCUAUACAUUUUUUAAUAUUCUUCACGGUGUUCGUUCCUGGUUUUGUUUUAUACCUAUAUGCUCACAGAACGCUUCUAAAGUAUUCCAGACGAAAAUAAUUUCUUAAUGAAUCCAUUGUGACCGUUAUACCUUAUAUACCUAUAAGUGCGGAGAUCUUUAUACCUUAUAUACCUAUAAGUACCGUAAUUUUACAGAUGAUUCGUGCUAUAGAUUGAUAUUUAUUUAUAAAUGAGACUGUUUAGCACCAAAAACUUAGUAGUUCUUAAGAAAAUACGUAUAUUGUUGUGUAGAAAUCAAAUGUUAAUAAAAUACUUUGUUUUGAA